AACAUUGACUGAUUUGCUUACUGUUACUGUCACAAAUGACAAUUUGACAAUUGUGUUGUUUCUUUGAUAGUUCGCUCGCCGUGCCGCUGUUUUUUUCAUACACUGUUUAGCGCGUGGACGACUGUGACCACAUUUUAAAGCUUUAAAUAAUAUUUUUUACAUAUUAUAGUAAUUUAGUGACCAAACAAAAUGGAGUUUCUCGAAUACAACGAUGUCCAGGCGGAAAUCAAGGGCGCAAUGGUUCCUGGGAGACUAAAGAUGACAGACCAAAAUAUAGUGUUCAAGAAUAGUAAGACCGGCAAGGUGGAACAAAUCCCAGCCAAUGAGAUAGAACUGGUGAACUUCCAGAAGUUCAUAGGAUCAUGGGGCUUGAGAGUGUUCCUGAAGAACGGCACUCUACACAGAUAUGGUGGUUUCAAAGAAGGGGAACAAGAGAAGGUUGCAAAGUUCUUUAAGACCAACUACAAUAAGGACAUGUUGGAAAAGGAGCUCUCCCUGAAAGGCUGGAACUGGGGAACUGCUAAAUUCAAUGGAGCAGUACUAAGCUUCAAUGUAGGAUCAAACACGGCAUUUGAGAUCCCGCUACAUAAUGUUUCUCAAUGCAAUACGGGCAAGAAUGAAGUCACACUUGAAUUCCACCAGAAUGAUGACACACCAGUAUCUUUAAUGGAGAUGCGUUUCCACAUCCCAACCAGUGAGUUGGCAGGAGACAUGGACGCAGUGGAGGCCUUCCACCAGCAGGUGAUGAACAAAGCCAGUGUCAUCUCUGUCUCUGGUGAUGCCAUCGCCAUCUUCAGGGAGCUACAGUGUCUUACGCCUCGUGGUCGUUACGACAUCAAAGUAUUCCAGACAUUCUUCCAGCUUCACGGUAAGACCUUCGACUACAAAAUCCCGAUGUCGACAGUGCUGCGUUUAUUCCUAUUGCCGCACAAAGAUACGAGACAGAUGUUCUUUGUGGUGUCCCUCGACCCGCCCAUCAAACAAGGUCAAACUAGAUACCAUUACUUGGUGCUGCUCUUUGGUAUUGAAGAAGAAACUAGCUUAGAGCUUCCGUUUACUGAGGAAGAAUUGAACGAGAAAUAUGAAGGGAAGAUAAGUAAGGAGCUGUCCGGUCCAACUUACGAAGUGCUCGCGAAAAUCAUGAAGGUCAUCAUCAACAGACGAGUGACAGGACCAGGAGACUUUUUGGGUCACCACAAGACGCCGGCGAUUGCGUGCUCAUACAAAGCGGCGGCCGGCUACCUAUACCCGUUAGAGAAGGGAUUCAUAUACGUACACAAACCUCCUGUACACAUCCGCUUCGAGGAAAUUGCUUCUGUCAACUUCGCGAGAGGAGGCGCUUCUUCUACCAAAUCGUUCGAUUUCGAAAUCGAGUUGAAACAAGGCAGCAUACACACAUUCAGCAGUAUCGAGAAGGGAGAGUAUGACAAACUGUUCGACUACAUCACCUCCAAGAAAUUACAUGUCAAGAACACUGGCAAAAAUGAUAAAGCUCUAUACGACGAUGACUUUGGCGACUCGGACACUGAGAAAGAACCUGACGCGUAUCUUGAGCGAGUUAAGGCCGAGGCUAAAGAGCGAGACUCUGGGGACUCGGACUCUGAUGAAAGCACUGAUGAAGACUUCAACCCUGAUAAGGCCAAGGAGAGCGAUGUCGCAGAGGAAUACGACACCAAUCCAUCAUCGUCAGAGGACUCAGAUGCAUCAGGUGGCGGUGGUGGCUCGGAUGAUGAGGGCAAGAAGGAAAAGAAGAAAGAGAAGAAACCCAAGAAGGCUAUCACUAUUUCAGAAGCGCCGCGCAAACGUAAGGAAAAGUCAAAGAAACGCGAGAAGGACGUGAAUGCACCGAAGCGGCCGGCCACUGCGUUCAUGUUGUGGCUCAAUGAGAACCGCAAGAGUAUCGUGGAACAGAACCCUGGCAUCAAGGUCACAGAGAUCGCCAAGAAGGGAGGAGAGCUCUGGAGGGAUCUGAAGGACAAAUCCGAGUGGGAAGAGAAAGCAAGCAAAGCGAAAGAAGAAUACAAUAUAGCUAUGAAGAAAUACAAGGACAGCGGCGCUGCUGACGAAUUUAAGCAGAAGAAGAAACAAGCCGAGAAGGAACGUAAAGCCGCAGAGAAGAAAUCUAAAGCCCCAGCGAGUAAAAAAGCAAAGACUACCAGUAAUGCAGGGGCUGGCUCUGGAGGGAAGUUCACCAGCAAGGAGUACAUUGAAGAUGAUGAUAGCUCUUCUGACUCUGAUAAGGAAAAGGAAAAGGACAAGAAGAAGAAAGAUACUAAAGAUACCAAGGAAUCAAAGAAGGAGAAGGCAAAGAGUUCGUCAUCGGAAGCAGAAGCCUCUUCGGGUGGGUCUGGAGACGAAAGCGGAAGCGGCAGUGACUGAAACCAUAGUGUACUUUAACAAAAAAACUAAACUUUUAACAUAAAACCUUGGUUUUUAUAGCAAAUCUCAUCCUGAACAUUGUUUGAUAUCAAAAGCAUCAACACUCCUGAAAUUUAUUGUCUUCAGAAAUCGGAGAUAAUUUAGAACUGAUUAGAGAACAUUUUAGUUAUUUCGAAUCAUUGUAUGUGUUAUACAAUGAUUCAAAAUAACUAAAAUGUUGUGAACGUUAUUCUUGCACAAUUAAUAAUCAUGUUAUGUAUGUUUCUUAUUAAUGUAGCUAAAUCUAAUAAUGAAACUGUCACAACUAAGCUGUAUGCACAGCACAGAUUCCGAAGAAAUUCCCGCCAUUUCAUUAUAACUUGUAUUUUCAUUAAAACUUAGUAUUUUAUGUAUAUGUGAUAUUGUUCUAUUAUUCAGUUUAUGUGUGUUGAUGAUUCAAAAUAGUUACGUCUUAAUUGUUUUAAAACUUAGUUAUAAAUAAACAUUACUGAGCAAAUGUUAGGCUAUGUUCUAUCUCUCUUUUACACUUGCCAAACACAAUUUGUGUGACAGUGAUAGCGAUAGGGCAAAGCCAGAACUUGAAACUGACUCCCUUGUAAAUAUAUUAAGUAAGAUCAGUUGUGAUUGUCUUAAAAUUCGUAUUAUCUGGUAUGUGAACGUUUAGCCCCACUUUAGAUGUAAUGUUAGUGUGUUAAUUGUUAUUAUAAGACUAUAUUUUUA